GAGUGCUUAAAAAAACCCGUGUGAUAACGCCGUUAUAGAAGUAAUAUACCAUAGACUACUGACUUGACGAAGUAGAGUUGGUGCCGUCAAACUUGCCACUUAUCCUUUCUUUCGCGAUCCAGCAAAGAUGGGUAUUAGUCGUGAUCAUUGGCAUAAGCGAAGGGCCACUGGCGGCAAACGUGCGCCCAUUCGUAAGAAGAGGAAGUAUGAGUUGGGUCGCCCGGCAGCCAACACAAAGCUUGGCUCCCAGCGUAUUCACUUAGUGCGCUCGCGUGGUGGCAACGUGAAAUAUCGGGCCCUGCGUCUUGAUACAGGAAACUUCUCUUGGGGCUCCGAGUGUUCCACCCGAAAGACUCGCAUCAUUGAUGUUGUGUACAAUGCGUCUAACAAUGAGUUAGUGCGUACUAAAACCCUGGUGAAGAACGCAAUUGUUGUGGUGGACGCGACUCCCUUCCGUCAGUGGUACGAGUCGCACUACUUGUUGCCGCUAGGCAGGAAGAAGGGUGCUAAAUUAACUGAAGCUGAGGAUGCCAUCAUCAAUAAGAAGCGUAGCAAGAAGACCGCCAAGAAGUACAUCUCAAGACAGCGCCUCUCCAAAGUUGAAGCUGCACUAGAAGAACAGUUCCACACGGGAAGACUAUUGGCGUGUGUUGCAAGCCGCCCCGGCCAGUGCGGCCGCGCUGACGGUUACGUGCUUGAAGGGAAGGAGUUGGAGUUCUAUCUGAGGAAGAUCAAGUCCAAGAGAGCAAAGUGAGGGACGUGUAAUGUAGAAAUAAAACACUAAACCACA